AUCAAGGCUGGCGGAGACGGCAACGGUCUAAAGCUGUACGAUCCGGGUUAUCUGAACACCGCACCUGUGCGGUCGGCCAUCUGCUACAUCGAUGGCGACAAGGGGAUUCUGCGAUAUCGCGGUUACCCGAUUGAGGAGCUCGCAGAGCGAAGCACCCACCUUGAGACGGCCUACCUGCUCAUGUACGGCAGUCUGCCGAACCAGGAGCAGCUGUCGGACUGGGAGGGGACCAUCAUGCAGCACUCCGCGCUCCCUGACGGUGUUCUGGCGGUGAUUGCAGCUUUGCCUCGGGACAGCCACCCUAUGGGCGUGCUCACAGGGGCUCUCUGCGCGCUCUCCUCCUUCCACGCGGAUGCCAACCCUGCUCUCCAGGGCCAAGACCUGUACAAGUCCAAGGCGGUUCGCAACAAGCAGAUCGUGCGAGUUCUCGGCAAGGUGCCCACCAUAGCAGCAGCAGCGUACCUGCACAUGGCGGGACGGCCUCCUGUGGCACCAGCAGGCCACCUGUCAUACGCUGAGAACUUCCUCUACAUGCUCGACUCCAUGGGCGACCGUUCGUACCGCCCGCACCCACGGCUGGCGAGGGCGGUGGACAUUCUCUUCAUUCUGCACGCUGAGCACGAGAUGAACUGCUCCACUGCUGCCGCCCGCCACCUCGCCUCCAGUGGAGUAGAUGUGUACACGGCAUUGGCAGGAGCUACUGGUGCGCUGUACGGCCCGCUGCAUGGUGGGGCCAACGAGGCGGUGCUGAAGAUGCUGAGCGAGAUAGGCAGUGCGGACAAGAUCCCCGAGUUCAUCCAGGGCGUCAAGGACCGCAAGCGCCGCAUGUCGGGGUUUGGGCACCGCGUGUACAAGAACUAUGACCCGAGGGCCAAGGUCAUCCGCGGGCUGGCCGAGGAGGUGUUCUCCAUUGUUGGCCGCGACCCGCUCAUUGAGGUGGCAGUGGCGCUGGAGCAGGCAGCGUUGUCGGACGAGUAUUUCAUCAAGCGCAAGCUUUACCCCAAUGUUGACUUCUACUCCGGCCUCAUCUACCGUGCGCUGGGCUUCCCCACGGAGUUCUUCCCGGUGCUCUUUGCCAUCCCUCGCAUGGUGGGGUACCUGGCGCACUGGAAGGAGUCUCUUGACGAUCCCGACACCCGCAUCAUGCGCCCCCAGGAGUGCUACAUCGGAGAGUGGUUCCGCCACUAUCAGCCAAUUGCGAUGCGCCCUCAGUCAGACGCAGAGGGGUUGGGUCAGAUUGCAGUGUCCAAUGCGACAAGGAGACGACUCGCUGCCAUCUCCUCCAAUAUGUAA